AUGCAGUUUGCAAAGGCAUUUGACCAAGAGCAUUCUAAAACUCAAAAAACACAUCUAUCGCAUUUGAUUGAUAAAGAUCAUGACACAUGCACACCAAAGUCUCCGAACACAUCACAGCAAUUGGGAAAAUAUAUUGCAAACGGACUUGACAUUCUUUCGCUCUCAGAUAUGAAGAUUUCGAUUGAUAAGCAUCAAUGCAUAGAUGAAGAUGCGAGCACUGAGGACCUGAAAAGCGAUGGAUUAUUUGAAUAUAGGGAUCUGUUUGGUGAGAAUGCAGAUACAGGAGACAAUGUGUAUCUUAGCAGUAUUUAUGAGAUAUACUCAAAGUUGAAUAUGAAAGUUGACAAGCUGUUUACAAGAGAAUAUUUUGAUAAAACAUUCAUGAAGCAGAUACUGGAAGAAGCAUGUAUUGGAAAUGCAGCUAGGAUAAGAGGCAUGAUUUGUAAGGAGAUGCGCGAUAGAGAUCCACUGUUUGAUGUGAAUAAAUAUCAGGCACAAAGAAUGGAGCGUAAGCAAUCAGAAUGCAAGCAAAUGCAUUAUAUGACAGAUGGGUGCAGCAUGAUUAAGGAUGUACAGGGAAUGAUGGAUGAUGCAGAAUACAUUGCUAAGAUUGGUAGCAAGCUGAGGAGGAUGUAUGCAGAGGCAAAGCGAGAGGUUCUUGAGGUAGAGCUAAACUUGUCAAGAACAUGCAGUGACUUAACGAGACAACUUGAUGCAUGUUCAAGAGAGCUUGCAGGACGAGAUAAGGAGAUUGAGGCAUUGAAAGCAAAUGAAGAACUGAUUAUUAACAGUAUGAGACAGAUGAGUAGUGAUUCAUGCAAUGGAAUGGAAAUGACUAGUGAAUGUGACUAUCAGAAUGAAUUACAUUCAGCUGUAGCAAUGCAAAUAUUAAGCAAUGCUAGAAAUGAAUAUAUGGAUAUGAAGCAGAGCGUUGAAAGAAUGAAGCAAAGAAUUGAUGAAUUACAUCAAGAAAACCUUGGUAUGAAAGAGACGAUUGAGAAUUACAAACAACAGGUUGGAAAGAAUGAAGAGACAAAAAAGGAGCUUGAAAUACUAUUGAAUGAAAACAUUCGAUUUUCUGAGGCCAUUACAAAGCUUUGCAGCAAGAAUUCAAAGACAAAGAAUGAUUUGAUUACAGCAAGAGACAUGCUAAAGCAAGCAAACGAGGCAAUAAAAUCUAAGAAUGCAACAAUAAGCAAACAGAAGAAUAUAAUAGAUGUCCUUCAAUCUCGUGUUGGAGAAGAGUACUUGGUGCCAAUGAACGAACUUCAAGAAAGAGUAGACGACCUAAAGACACAAAUCAACCAGGAAACCAACGUUCAUGAAAGAGAUAGAUUGGGCCAACAGAUCGAAGACUAUGAAAGAAGAAUAGCCGAUUUUCUUUGCCUUAUAAAACGAAACUAA